AUGUCUUGGUUACUGAACCACCACAGGGUGGAACCCAGUGGUAGCCGACUGAACCGGAUAUCGGCCAUUUCCAUGCCGUCUGUGACACCUGCACAGCUGAACGUUGCCAUCGACGAAAUCAUCAAACUAAACCCGCCUAGCAAUACCUGCGUGUCAUUCUUCAGAGGAAACGCCCUCACGCUGUACGGCAAGUCGAAACAGUUCCUGAAGGGCCUGGCGAUCACCAUACUUCCCGUCCUGUUGCUGACCGGGCUGAUCGCCAACACGUUCAUCACGACGUUCUCCAACUACAGCAAGUCGGCCAAGAUCAGACGCACCCUCCUGUACAGCGUCGAGCUCGGCCGACUCAUCCACUACCUGCAAGAAGAGCGGGACGUCAGCGCCCUCUACCUGACCUCCAUCGAGGAGAAGACCAAACUGCUUCUUCUGGAGCGCUACGCCGCCACGGACAAGUCGCUGGAAGAGCUGACGUUCUGGACGAUCGGCCCGACUCUGAUUAGAGAAGAGUUCCAGUCGAAGGAGAAGUUUCUGUCGUACCUCAACAAGCACAGAUACGAGCUCAGCACCCUGCAGCUCAGCAUCGUCCACGAACUGGAGAUGUACACGACGCUCAUCCGCGUGUUCAUCACGUGGCUGUAUGACGCCAUCACGGAGGAGCAGUCGGGCUCAAUCUGGCGGAGCCUGGUGGCCUACCAGGAGGUGGUGAUCGCCAAGGAGUACAUGGGGCUGGAGCGAGCCCUAGGGACGGUCUACUACUCGACGGGGCACUUCUCCUCCAUCGACGUCUAUCUGGUGUUCCUCGAGAGUCAAGACAUAGCCAACGCGACCUUCCUGUCCGCCAAGCGCUACUCCGAUCUCGUGCACGAUCUGUAUGAGAAGAACAUCAAUGUACGUAUGAACACAUUCCUAUGA